GGGGCGGCGAGGAAGCCUGAUGGAGGCCUGGGCGCGCGGUGCAGCCUGAAGGGGCACGCGGAGGACCUGCAGGGCUGGUGAGGGGCGGGGCGGGCGGCGCGGCGGGGGCGGGCCGAGCGCGGGGGCCCGAUGAGCGGACACAAUCCCUUGCGCGGGACCAUGCAGGUGGCCAUGACCGGUAAGGCCCGCAAAGAAGCGGUACAGACUGCAGCCAGGGAACUCCUCAAGUUCGUGAACCGGAGUCCCUCUCCUUUCCACGCUGUGGCUGAAUGCCGCAACCGCCUCCUCCAGGCUGGCUUCAGUGAACUCAAGGAGACUGAAAAAUGGGAUAUUAAGCCAGAAUGCAAGUACUUCAUGACCAGGAAUUCCUCCACCAUCAUAGCUUUUGCUGUAGGGGGCCAGUACGUUCCUGGCAAUGGCUUCACCCUCAUUGGGGCCCAUACGGAUAGCCCCUGCCUCCGGGUGAAACGUCGGUCUCGCCGCAGCCAGGUGGGUUUCCAGCAAGUCGGUGUGGAGACCUACGGUGGUGGCAUCUGGAGCACCUGGUUUGACCGUGACCUGACUCUGGCUGGACGCCUCAUUGUCAAGUGCCCUACCUCAGGUCAGCUGGAGCAGCGGCUGGUGCACGUGGAGCGGCCCGUUCUUCGCAUCCCGCACCUGGCCAUCCAUCUGCAGCGAAAUAUCAACGAGAACUUUGGGCCCAACACAGAGAUGCACCUAGUCCCCAUUCUUGCCACAGCAGUCCAGGAGGAGCUGGAGAAGGGGAGUCCAGAGCCAGGGCCUCUUAAUGCUACGGAUGAGCGGCACCACUCGGUCCUCAUGUCCCUGCUCUGUACCCAUCUGGAUCUGAGCCCCAAGGACAUAAUAGAGAUGGAGCUCUGCCUGGCAGACACCCAGCCCGCGGUCUUGGGUGGUGCCUAUGAUGAGUUCAUCUUUGCUCCUAGGCUGGACAAUCUGCACAGCUGCUUCUGUGCCCUGCAGGCCUUGAUAGAUUCCUGUGCAGGCCCUGGCUCCCUGGCCACGGAUCCUCACGUGCGCAUGAUCACACUCUAUGACAACGAAGAGGUGGGGUCUGAGAGCGCACAGGGAGCACAAUCACUGCUGACAGAGCUGGUGCUGCGGCGGAUCUCAGCCUCGUGCCAGCACCCGACGGCCUUUGAGGAAGCCAUACCCAAGUCCUUCAUGAUCAGCGCAGACAUGGCCCAUGCCGUGCACCCCAACUACCUGGACAAGCAUGAGGAGAACCAUCGGCCCUUAUUCCACAAGGGCCCCGUGAUCAAGGUGAACAGCAAGCAACGCUAUGCCUCAAAUGCAGUGUCAGAGGCCCUGAUCAGAGAGGUGGCCAACAAAGUCGACGUCCCCCUACAGGACCUCAUGGUCCGGAAUGACUCCCCCUGUGGAACCACCAUUGGACCCAUCUUGGCUUCUCGGCUGGGGCUGCGGGUGCUGGAUUUAGGCAGCCCCCAACUGGCCAUGCACUCUAUCCGGGAGAUGGCCUGCACCACAGGAGUCCUCCAGACCCUCACCCUCUUCAAGGGCUUCUUUGAGCUCUUCCCUUCUCUGAGCCGUAAUCUCUUAGUGGAUUGAGCCCUGUUGGAAAGACUUCUCUGCCAGCCCUUUGCACCUGAGAGGGGAGGUUCUCAGCUGAGAUGAAGCUGGAUUAUUAAAGUGGAUUUUUCACUCAGA